AAAAUAACAAUCCGGACAUGGAAGAAGUCUCCAGGGAGAAGGAAGGAGGGCCUUGGAAGCAAGCACAGGUGGGAAAUGGUAAAGAGCCACAGGAAGAGGCACAGUCAGAAGCAGCUUUUCCUCUGGAAGACAAAGAAACGUCAGAGAGCCAGGCAAAGGCAGGAGAUGAGGGGGUGCUGCCAAGGCGCCAAGGGCAGCCAGAGCCCCAGAGAAGGGCAAAGCAGGAAGGAGGGCCAGAGAGACAGGGAAAGCCAGAAUUUAGUAAAGGGAGCCCUGCUGUAAAGCGCCCAGCUGAGGACCACCUGCCCAGAAAAGCCAAAAGGAAAACCAACAAGGGGCUGGCCCACCGCAUCAAGCAAUAUAAGGAGGCCAUUCACGAUCUGCACUUCAGCAACGAGGACAUGAUCAGAGAAUUUGACAACAUGGCCAGGGUAAAGGAGGAUGAGAAAAAGAACAAGCAGAAGAUGGCACAGAUCUUCUGGAUGCAAAGAAGUUUGCAGGACCCUUUCUACCCAAGGGGCCCAAGGGAAUUCAGGGGUGGCUGCAGGGCACCUCGCAGGGACAUCGAAGACAUCCCUUAUGUUUAGUUCCCCUUGGGCACUCAUAGGGCAUAGUGCUCUAACCUUAUGCAGCUGCUUUGAUUUAGGCCUUCCCCAUGUAAGCUGCAGCCUGUUUGACCCCACUCCCUGCUGUGUUCUGAUCCCAGU